AUGGAGGGCUGUAGAAUGCAGUUAUUAGCUUUCUUCUCUUGGAUGCUUAUUACGCCUCCAGCAAUAUAUGGUUGGGGUACUGAUGGCCAUGCCAUAGUUUGUAGAAUUGCUCAGCCUCGCUUGAGUGAAGCAGCAGCAGAUGCUGUGAAGCAACUUUUGCCCAAAUUUGCAGAAGAUGACCUUGGAAGUGUGUGUUCAUGGGCAGAUCAAGUUAAGUUCCGUUACCGCUGGUCAUCUGCUCUUCAUUUCAUAAACACCCCUGAUACUUGCACUUACCAGUACCAAAGGGACUGCAAAGAUGAAGAAGGAGAAAAGGGAAGGUGUGUUGCUGGGGCUAUUAACAAUUACACCUCCCAGCUUCUUAGCUACAACUCUGCUGCAAGUAGAGCUGAAUAUAACCUUACGGAAGCACUUCUCUUCCUUUCUCAUUUUAUGGGAGACAUCCAUCAGCCUUUACAUGUUGGUUUCGCAUCAGACGAGGGAGGCAACACAAUUGAUGUCCACUGGUAUACAAGAAAAGAAGUUCUUCACCAUGUAUGGGAUAGCAAUAUAAUUGAGACAGCGGAGGAAAGGUUCUAUGAUUCAAAUGUAGAUGCCAUGAUUGAUGCAAUUCAACAAAACAUCACGAUUGAAUGGGUAGAUCAAGUGAAAAGAUGGGAGACCUGCAGUCUCAAUAAGACAGCAUGCCCUGACAUAUAUGCAUCUGAAGGUAUCAAAGCGGCUUGUGAUUGGGCAUAUAAAGGUAUCACGGAAGGGUCAGUACUUGAAGAUGACUAUUUUCUCUCCCGAUUACCAAUUGUUAACUGGAGAUUAGCUCAGGGGGGAGUGCGAUUGGCAGCCACUCUCAACCGUAUCUUUGGGUGA